AUGCAGCGUGACGUCCGCCCGUCGUCGCUGCCCGUCACGCUCGACUCGAUCAAGCGGGCCUUUGAGGCCAUCUCCUUUGAGCAUCUUCGACACCACUGGACGACCUCCAGCGAGCCGUUCAUCGUCAUCUCUAAUGUCUCGGUCGACCUCUUCAACGCCUACUUUGAGGACGACGAAGACGCUCCUUUCGCGCUGCGCUUUGUGGACCUCGUCGACGGCGGCAUCAUCAUUACGGACUUUCCAUCGAAGGUGCACGAGGCGUUCAUCGACAGAUUCAAGAGCGCGUUCCUCCGAGCUACAGGCGACGGCGAUGAGGUGGCAACGCGCGGUUCGUUCACGGCUUCACGAGGCCGAGGCAUCAAGAAGAAGCAGGCCGACGCCACCUUUGGUCCAUUGCGCCAACCGCCCAACCGAGUCGAGCCGCCGCCGGUCGAUGAAGGACCACAGCGCGUGUUGCUUGACGUCGGGGACUGGGUGACGCUGGCCGUCGAGGUCGGCCACUAUGAGACGUGGAAUGGGCUCGAAGUCGCGGGCAACUGGUGGUCCCACUACGUCGGCAUGAAGUACGUGCUUUUGAUGAAAGUCAACACGACUGCGACAAAGCUGCAGUACCGUCUGUACGAGAUCGCACAGGUGGGCAACCUGCCGGCGCUGUCCCGACGCGGGUCCAUGACGCUGGACAACAUCGCCGAUGCAAAGUCGCCCGACCCUCCGCUUCGACACGCGCGCGAGGCGUUGCCAGCGAACAUGAACGACUACUGCUGCGUGAACCUCCUUCGUGUGCUGGAAAUCGCCCGUCGUAUCCUUUAG